CUGUGUGACUCAGGCAAGCAGGAGCAGCAGCAGCGCCGGCUGCCAUUUUGAGGGGUUCUCGUUGUGGCUGCCGCUCCUACCGUGCUUCUCUCCGCGUCAUCCGGUCCGAGAGACUCCUCCGCUCUUUCCGUCGCCUGAGAAGGGACAGGAGGGGGGCUCCGGUCGCUCUCUUGCCUCCUGCCCGUCGCUGUAGGAGCCUGUAGCGCAGGGAUUGCCCGGCCCAGCCUCGCUUGUCCGCCGCCUCUCUUCCUCUUCGUCUUCCUCCUCCUCCUCCCGCCGCCGCCACCAUUUGCCCUCCCCCGGCGGCUCCGGGGCGCCGAGCUUAGGCUAUGGGGACCAGGCUGCUGGGGCUGAGCAGCGGCAGAGCAGGCGGCCCAGCCUUCGUGAACCGCCCAGCGGGGAUGGGGGAGCUCGGCGGCUUCUUGGUGGCCUUAUCUUGACAUGGCUCUUGCCCGUGCUGCUAGCAGCGCCGCCGCCACCGCCGCCUCCACUGCUCCGCCCGCGCCCGCCGGCUGCGGGUAGCGAGCCAGCCCGCGCCACAGUCUCCGGUCCGGUCGGGUCUCUCUUGCCGCCCGAGCCUCCCGCUGGGGCCGAGAGGGGAACUGCUUAUUUUCGGAGGGGAGGGGAGGCUGAAGAGGGGUGUGCGACCCAAAGCAACUAGAAGAGCUUGGCCAGACGACGACUGAAGGGGAAGGGCGGGUUGACAGUGACCUCUUGGCCCGCGCUCCCCUUUCCCUCCCCCCCCAAAUUAAGUUAGGCAAGUUUGCAAAAGAAAGCGGGGGGGAGCUCUUCGCCCUUUGUGCAAACUAUUUAUCGGGUUGGGGUUUUUUUUGUUUGCACUAAAACUCCCUUGGCGACCCCCCCACCCUUUUUUUUAAAAUCAGAAGCCCCGACUUGCUGGCCAUGGAUGCAAGAGUGAAUUCCGGGCUCUGGACUGCGCGCUCCCCGCUGCGCUGAGCACAGGCCCGCCUCUUCCCCUUCAGCCUUGAGCAGGAAGCGAACAACCCCACGCCGAGGCCAGUCGCGUCAGCCAUGCCCAGCCCCAAUUAAACCGCGCUCCUUGCGGUGCCCAGCGGCGGAGGGAGGAGGAUUUUCGCCCUAGCGGCGGGAUAGGCGGAGGGAAGGGAGGCUGUUGGGGGAUGUAGGUCUCUCCCUGCUAGGGGAGUCAAGAGAUCGACUCUGGAUUCGAAGCCUUAAGGCCAGAUUCUAUCCCUUAGCUUUCCUCCAUCCUUUUAUCAAUGGCCAUCAUGAUUCCUCUUCUCUCUAACAGACACAGCCUCAGGGCGACCUUGUGCCUGAUGAUGAGCAAGAUGAAGUUAGAAAUGACUCUGCUGUUUUCCAAACUCCUUGCUCCUCAGCGAACCAGCACCGUGUUGUCUGUGGUUGAUGAUUUUGUUGUUGGUAGGGAAACGUCUUACCUCCCAGGACACCCACUCCUCUUCUGCACUCCCGUCUUUGCUUUCUUCCAAUAAUAAUUUCUAAAAACAAAGCCAGGCAGCAUAGCAAUAGCAGAAAUCUUGAGAAUAACCAGUCAUGAAUCUGGGUGGGCUGGAACACUGUCCUUAAUUUCAGUUGUUGUUUGGGUUUGUUUUGUUUGUUUCAAUUCUUGGUUGGGGCAAAACUAACAGCAACACCGCCCAAAUGGAUUGGGUCUGUGCCCAUUAUUGCUUUUUGUUAUUCACACAAAUUGUGAUAAGAUUUCUUUCCCAUUCUUGCCCACUUAUUCCUGUGCUUUAAACUCUGUAUAUCAGUGUAUUUUCUUCAAAUUUCUUUGGGGUUUUGAUAAUACUGCGCAAGCUCUCCUUGUCCAAUGAUGGUUGGACUACUACUUAUUUUGUUUUAUGACCCCUCUAAUAAGACAGUCUCGUAAAACAAUUGCCUGAGUGCAUUUUUGGGUUAUGCCCGUGUUUUAUUGAUUCAGUGGUAUUAGCAGGAAUAAAAUGACUUGUUUCUGUUGUACUCGAGUCUUAUGAAAAAAGGGCCCAUAGUUUAGUGACAGUUUCCAAAGGCUUUAGUACCACCUGUAUUACAAAAUGGGGGACCCAAACUCCCGGAAGAAGCAAGCUCUGAACAGACUGCGUGCUCAGCUUAAAAAGAAAAAAGAAUCUCUAGCUGACCAGUUUGAUUUCAAGAUGUAUAUUGCCUUUGUAUUCAAAGACAAGAGGAAAAAGUCAGCACUCUUUGAAGUGUCUGAAGUGAUACCAGUCAUGACCAAUAAUUAUGAAGAAAAUAUCCUGAAAGGUGUGCGGGAUUCCAGUUAUUCCUUGGAAAGUUCCAUAGAGCUUCUACAAAAGGAUGUCGUACAGCUGCAUGCACCCCGCUAUCAGUCUAUGCGCAGGGAUGUGAUUGGCUGUACACAGGAGAUGGACUUCAUACUUUGGCCUCGGAAUGAUAUUGAGAAGAUAGUCUGUCUUCUUUUUUCUAGGUGGAAGGGAUCUGAUGAUGAGCCCUUUAGGCCUGUUCAGGCCAGGUUUGAAUUUCAUCAUGGUGACUAUGAAAAACAGUUUCUGCAUGUACUGAGCCGAAAGGACAAGACUGGAAUUGUUAUCAACAACCCUAACCAGUCAGUGUUUCUCUUCAUUGACAGACAGCACUUGCAGACUCCAAAAAACAAAGCUACAAUCUUCAAGUUAUGCAGCAUCUGCUUGUAUCUGCCACAGGAGCAGCUCACCCACUGGGCGGUUGGUACCAUAGAGGAUCACCUCCGUCCUUACAUGCCAGAAUAGGGUACUGGCCAGCAAAAUGGGGAAGAUCACAGAAUGCAGGAGUGCAGUUUUCACUUUUCUUGCCAUUUAUUCUUUCGGAAUAGAAGAAAAUGGACACAUGUUCAGAACACUAUCCAUUGUGGAACUUGAUCAUCCUGGAUUAUUUUCUUUUCUCAUUUGUAUCUCAGAACUUAAAUUUUUUUUAAAGAUGUUUUCUGCAUGGACCUUGUGAAAGAGAAUGCUCUGCAUAUUUCUACAUUGCAUGAGCAUCCUACCAAAAUGUGAAAUGAAGGGACUGUUAUACACUGAAAGAAAUGUAUCUGAGAGCACCAAGUGAUCAUUUAUGGUGGUGUUCCCAUUUGUGCUGGUCAUUCCCUCUAAUAUCAGUAUUCAUAGGGUGAGAAGUGAAUGUAAUGGUGUAAAAGCCUUAAAAGCUUUGCAGUUAACAUGAUUGUAUCAGAGCUCUUGUCAGAUUCAUUCUGAUGAAUAAGUUUAUGGCUGUUAAAAGUAGAAGGCUAAACAUGGGAAAGAAAUCUUUUAAGGAAAAAGCAUCUCAUUUGGAUGGGCAUUAAUUGCCUUUUUUACUUUGCUUGGCCAUGUUUGAGUUUACUGGCAUUCUCAUUUUUUGAUCUCUUUCCCCAAUUUGCUGUAUAAUUAAAUGUAGAGUGUUCUGUUGAGUUGAAUUACAUUUUUAUAGACCUGGAGUCUGAAGUAGCCUAAAGCAGCUAAAUUUAAAAUAGCAGCUGCAGAAACCAUGUUGGCAGAGGAUUAUUUUCUUUCCUGAGAGUUGACUUGUAAACUUGCUGGUGAACUGUAUAGGAAAUACUGGUUUCCAAAACAUUUCUUAAGGAAAACCCUCGGAGGUUCUUUGGGAGGGGGGAGGGGAGGAAUAAGAUAUUCUAAAGCAGUUGUGGAUUUAAUUGUAAAAUAUUGUUUGGAGUGUCAAAGUUGGUUUUGACAGAACAUAUUUUGUUUAAGAUUGUGCAAUGAACAUAAAGAAGACUACUGUAUAGUUCUGGCAAAGAAUGCUUUGCUUAAGGGUUGAGUAACUUUACUGAAGUAAAUCUGUAAAAGCUUACUCCCUUUGGGUAAAACUAGUGCUUAUCUGUUAAAUUUGUAUUUAGCUUUUGUUUGGAAUUGGAAAAAAUUGGAAAUAAACAAAUUAGGUGAA